CACAAAUGAAGGUUGGCCGUUAUAUAAAGGUGGACUAUAGGUUCCCAGAAGCACUCUUUAAAUACGGCACUGUUGACGGAUGACUCGCAGACGGUCGUGGGCGGUGCGUAGUGGUUAGUUAGCUGUAGUGGACUUGAGACGGCCAUAAAUAACGAUGUACGCGUUCGACAGAAACGAUCGGAACGAGUUCACGAGAGGAGUAGGAGGAGGACGAGGAUGGAUCGGCUAAAAUGAUCGCUGUCAUAAUCGUAGGAUUGUCGACGAUGGUAAACGCCGUUAGGAAGACUAAUGAGGAACAACGUACACGUAGCAAAUGCCGUUGUCGUGAUUCAUCGGCUUACCCAGUAAUAAUCCACCCCCUGUACGUGUCCUGUCGCAUUUCAGUCGCACGGCGGCUAAUACACAUCCUGUUCCGGCCGGGCCGUGGCUCGACGAUAUUAUUCGCGAAACGCGACCGAACUCGAGAGCUAACGUCGUCGCACGCGAAAACUCGAAGGUCGAAACCUCAGAACACCUCGGAACACCGGACGCCGUCAGGGUCGCUGAAAUCUUUUCCGCGGUUCAGAGAGGUGGAAGUUGAGCAGAAAUUCCGGAAGUGGUGACAGGAAUCGGCAGGAAAAGAGCAUUAAAUAGGAAAAAGUUUUAAAAUGAAAAUGGGUGGGGGUGGGGACAUGUACGUGAGGUAUUGGUGUUACUACUAUAGUAUCCUUUAUUGCCGUGCAAUAGGUUUUAUCAUUAUUAUUAAGAUACGAGCAUUAUUGUUUUACAUUAUAAAUAAGACAUAUUAUUAUUUGCAUAUGU